AUUUCGACCGUUAACAUGGAAACUUUCGAUACAAGUUAAAGAAAUCGGCAAAAACAAAACUAAUGAUAACAAUACAAACGUCCUUUGCAUAAUAAUAAUUCCGAGUUGAAAAAUGGAAGAUACCAGAUUAACAUUUAAUGGUAGCAGUAUCGACAAUAAAUUUACAAAAAUGAAAAGACUCUUAGCAGCAAUUCAACAAUUUCUUGAAUCCCGUGCCGAAGAUCAAGCAAUAUUAAUUAACCAAUAUUUGCAGGCAUUGAGUUUAUCUUUAGAGUUAACAAUCUUUGAUCCGCACACAAACAUUGCUGGUCAGUUUUUCAUUAGUUUAUAUGAUUUGUUCAACACUUUGGAACCGCGGUCUCUGACAAGUUGGUACUGUAUUGAUGUAUUGAGUAAUGCAUGCAAAAAUACUUCAGCUAGGGAAAGUUUAAUUAAAAAUUAUAAUUUCAUCCCUUGCCUGGCAAGGCUUAUUGGAGAUCACCUUACCACUGAUAAAAAGACUCGUUUACUUAAACUUAUGCAGGAUUUAUCUUGUGGGAUAAAAAUAUCCUGGCAGUUUCCACACUUAACUCAUUUAAUGACAACUUUAGCUAGGUGGGUAGAAGGGUCUGAGCCAGAAGUCGUAACUCUUUCUCUGGCAGUGUUAGUAAAUUUAUGUUACAAAAAUAUAACUGCCAUUUAUACUUUACAAAGAAAUGUGGACUUGAAGAAAUUCGUACGGAUAUGUCUGUCUUUAAAAGGACCAAUUGUAGAAGUCUAUGUUUGUCAAAUUGCUAUAAUUCUUGAGACUAUAUCAUGUUACAUUCCUUGUGAAAUAAUGCCUAAAUUUAUUGACAGCACAUUUAUAGCAAUAAAAGACGCUUUCACACACAGAGAUAUUGUUCUGUUGAGACAGGUGGUUGAGUUUUUCGUAGAUAGUGUAAGAGGGUGUCACAAUAAUCCAUUAAAUCAAUAUAGUAAUUGGGCCGAGAAUAUCAGCCAGAUAUUAGAAAUGAUUGAAGAUAAUACAAAUGAACAAGAUCCAGAAUGCAUGUCGCAAAUUUUGGAGUUUAUACAUUUUUUGGCUGAUCUCAAGGUACCAACACUGUCAAGUCAAUAUCCAAGACUCAUAAGUUUCGCAGUCAAGUGGAUAAAUGAAAGUCCGGCAUCUUUCCAAGCAUUCGCGCUACUAAAAACCAUUGCUGUGAAUGCAGAGAAACAAAAUAAUGGUAUGUUAGAGGCCUUGGUGGUAGGACUUCCUGUAUUUUUGGCUUUACUAAAUGAGGAAUCUAUGCCAAAUCAUGUACAACAUCAUAAAAGAUUAGGUGCUUUACUUCAGCUGUUGAAAGCUGUGUUGCAAGUUAAAUCAAUUAGAGGGAAAGUACUGCAAGAGCUACAUGAAGAUUUGCUCUCCAAAAUUUUCCGGCCUUUGUUGGGAGAUGACUCUCCGGAAUAUAGAGACGAUACAUGCACUAUUGAGGCUGUAAAUUUAUACAUUUAUGGUUUAGCUCUGAUUGCCGAGUUAGUGAAAUGUGAUAAGAGUUGGUUAGAAUUUUUAAACAGUUUACUUUCCAAUAGACAGAUGCAUAUAAUUCUUGCGCGCGCUAUUUGCCAAAGUCCGACUCAUGUCAAAAAAUUAGCAUUGGAAUUGUCAGGCACUUCUUGCAGUGUAGAGGUGUCCCAGGCAUUGGAGAAACUCCAAUCUUUAGUGACAACUGUUAAUAAGGAACCAUGCAGUCAUUCUGGAAAUGGGGAGUUUGCUUUUAAUCUCAUUCCAGUCGCGCAAAAUCAAAGGUUGGAUGGGAUUCUGGAUAAGAUUGAAAGUAAAAUAGCACGGAAUGAAACAAAAGAUAUAUCUACCUCGGAAUUGAUGGAGCUCUACAGUUAUAAAAUAUCAUAUCUCACCCAAGCUGAAAGAGCUGCUUUGCUAAGCAUUGACGCUUCUACGAAGCAUUGUACACAUCUUCAGCACCGGAUUGAAAGACUGACCAUUGAACACAAUAAGCUCCAGCAGUCUGAAUUUCACACGGUACAAAAGUUAGAAGAAGUUUUAAAGCAGAAGGAGGAAACUAAUGUAAUGCUUAGGGACUUGCAAAACAGAGUUGAAGCGGAGAAAGGUAAAAAUAAGGCUUGCCUAAGCCAGCUUAAACUCAAGGAAAAGGCCCUUUCUGAAACGGAAGCAGUAUUAGAAGAGACAAAAGCUAAAUUAAUAGAAAUGACAAAAGUGAAAAAUAAUGUUGAAGAGCAGUUAAACAAAUUGCAGCAGUUGUUCGCGAAGGCCGAUGAGAACGGUAGAAAGUUGCAGAAAAAUUUGCAGAAGAAGGAAGAGACGUUAAAGAAAGCAGAGUCCAGUAUAGAGAAUUAUGUUUUGCAAGUCAAUGAUUUGGAAAAAAGCCUAAAAGAAAAAAUCACGAGGUUGAAUGAAGUGCAGGCGCAAUUGCAAUUAAAAUCUUCAAUAUUAGAAAACAUCACAAAAAUGGCCAAUUCGCAAAUGCAAUUGUAGGAUUUACGACUGUGCUAAUUUUAUUUUAUAAGAAUAAAUUAUGUGACUUAUAGUUUCACCUUUUUUUAUUAUAUAUCUAAGUAAAUGUCAUCAAAUGUAAAAAAAUGGUUCCAAAUUGAAAUGUCAUUUCAAAAAUAAUUUGCAUUUUAGGAAAAAGCAGGGCGCCCCUUUUUUUUUAAAUAUAUUCCAUACAAAUCUCG